UUCCUUUUACAGCAUUCAGAAGCAGAAAAUGAACAAGUGAACGAAAGGAAUUAAAAGUACGCACCAUGAGAAGAUAAAAAAAAGACAAACUAGUGGAGUCUACUUUGGUUUGCUGGGAUCUGUUUGGAAAAGCUGAUGCAAAACUCUUGAGCUCAGACUCUUUGGUAGGAAACAGGAUGCCAAGUUAUCAACCCUGGUGUCAUGGUAAUAUUACUCGAUCCAAAGCUGAGGAUCUACUCUCCAAAGCUGCAAGAGAUGGAAGCUUCCUGAUACGGGACAGCGAGUCCAUACAGGGGGCUUAUGCCCUCUGUGUACUAUACCAGAACUGUGUGUACACAUACAGAAUCCUGCCAAAUGAGGAUAAGAAGCUGUCUGUUCAGGCCUCAGAGGGAGUUCCUAUCAGGUUCUUCUCUUUUUUGCCUGAGCUGGUGGAGGCUUACUACAGUCCCAACAUGGGUCUGGUCACACACCUGCAGUACCCUGUGCAGAGAGAAGAAGAUGUAGAGGAGGAGUCAGAAUCAAACAAUCUUCCACCACAGCUUCCACCCAGGAACUUUUCAGCCAACGAUUUGAAAGAAAGUGACCAAAAGACUUCGGAGCAAGGCUGCAAAUCCCUAUCAGAAACCUUCCUGAUGAGACUCCAGCACAUGGACUUAUCCCCAAUACCAGAGGAGCAUUUAGUGGCCAUUCAGGAAUACUUCAUGACCUCAAUCUGCUCAGAUGCUGAACAAGUCCAGAAUGGUUAUCCUACUCUACCAGGGCUAAAGAAGCUCACAAUGACAAUCUGCAAGAACUUAAACAGUGAAAUUUCCCGCAUCCUGCCAGUUUUGGAGGUUUUCCAUCGGGUGUUGGACCAACAGCUCUCCCCAGGGAUUGGACAUUUUUCUAAACAUAUGUCUGCUGAUUCAGGACAAUUUGUUUCCUUUAGGCUAGAGCAACUGACAAAACUGCUCUACACUAUAGAGGAUAAGGCUAAAAGUUAUGUCUUUGAGUCUGUUGGAUAUGAUGGCGGUCACAGGAAAUCUCUCAUACCACCUGUUACAUUUGAGGUCAAGCAAGAUUCUCUGGGUAUUUCCACCAAGAUGUUCCUGAAAGUGGAUGUCGAAAGUGGGAAGCUCUACUUUAAGAAGUCAAAAGAUGGGCCUGAAGACAGAUACUUUGUGCACAACAAAAUCCUGCAGUUGGUGAAAUCCCAGAAAAUGCACGCCAAACUCGCCGUCGCAGUGGAGACAGAAAAGGAGAAGAUUUUGCGAAAAGAGUUUGUGUUUGAAAACACAAAGAAAAGAGAGGGAUUUUGCCAACUUCUUCAACAGAUGAAGAACAAACACUCUGAAAAGCCAGAGCCAGACAUGAUCACAGUGUUUGUUGGCACGUGGAACAUGGGUAAUGCCGGCACCCCCCACAACAUCAGCUCCUGGUUUCAGUGUAAGGGCCAGGGAAAGACACGAGACGACACGGCAGAUCACAUCCCGCAUGAUUUUUAUGUCAUCGGGACUCAGGAGGAUCCUCUGAGUGAGAGGGAGUGGUCGGAUACAGUGAAAAGCGUUCUGAGAAACAUCACCAACAUCAGCUUUAAACAGGUGGCGAUCCAUACUCUAUGGAACAUUCGGAUCAUCGUCCUGGCCAGACCUGAGCAUGAAAACAGGAUCUCACAUGUCUUUUCAGACAGUGUGAAGACAGGGAUCGCCAACACUCUGGGAAACAAGGGGGCAGUGGGCGUUUCCUUCAUGUUCAACGGGACAUCGUUUGGCUUUGUCAACAGUCACCUCACCUCUGGGAGUGAGAAGAAGCUCAGACGAAAUCAGAACUACAUGAGCAUCCUGCGGUUCCUGAAUCUUGGAGAUAAGAAACUCAAUCCUUUUGAUAUCACACAUCGGUUCACUCACCUCUUCUGGCUCGGUGAUUUGAAUUACCGUGUUGAAUUCCCGUCGACAGAAGCUGAGUACAUUGUGACAAAGAUCAAACAGCAGCAGUACCAGGAGCUGCUCAGUAAAGAUCAGCUCAGCAUGGAGAUGAACGAUGGGAAGGUCUUCUUACAUUUUGACGAAGAGGAAAUCACAUUUGCCCCCACAUAUCGCUUUGAAAGGGACACACGAGAGAAGUAUGCCUACACAAAGGCCAAAGCCACAGGGACAAAAUACAAUUUGCCCUCGUGGUGUGAUCGUGUCUUGCGGAAGUCCUACCCUCUGGUUCAUGUGGUCUGCCAAGCUUACGGGUGCACUAAUGACAUCAUGACAAGCGACCACUCACCGGUAUUUGCCUCAUUUGAAGUCGGAGUUGCCUCACAGUUUGUCUCCAAGCAAGAUUUAAACGGCGCAUCUCAGGGUGGGAUCCAGAUGAUGAACUGUGUGGCAACUUUGGCGACAAAAUCAAAGACCAAGUUCUUCAUCGAGUACCACUCCAGCUGCCUAGAGAAAACAGUGAAGACUAUGGAGGGAGACAACACCGAGGAUGAAGAUGGGUCAAUAAAAGUUUGGUUUGGCAACCAAGUCCAGCUCACACCAAUCAUCUCAGACCCAGAGUACCUUCUGGACCAGCACAUCCUCAUCUGUGUGAAGUCGACAGACAGCGACGAGUCGUACGGAGAGGGCUGUAUUGCUUUGAAAGCUGCUCAGUUCUGCUACACAGAGUUUCAGAUCACGCUGACUCAUCAUGGGGAGAAGACGGGAACUCUGAUGGGUGGCAUCCAGUUACAUACUUCUGAGGGCAAACCCACAGAGAAGCUAUACGAUUUCAUCAAAGUUGAAAGAGAUGACACUGUUGCCUCAAAAGGCAAAGGCAGUGACUUAAACAAGUCCUCUGUCACCCAGGCACAUGAUAUAUCCAACCCCAGCUACAUGGGAGUGUCGUUCCAAAGGGGUAAUGUGAUCGAUAAAGGCUGGAGUUACAGCAUGCCGCCGAAGAAUCAUCCUCUUGUUAGUCAAGGGAGUAAAGAACCGAAGAAAGCUGGUCAUGAUGCAGGCACACACAGCCCCACAGCAAAAUUCAUGGGUGACGGGGAACAGAAGUCAGAGAUGUUUGACAAUCCGUUAUAUGGAUCAAUGGGAAAAUCACAUUCUCGGGUCAAGGACCAUCAGCAGAAGGAUCAGUUCUUACUUCCUGAUGCCUUCUUAGCAAGCUCCAAACCAGCAGAAGGAGACCCUGAUCGUCCCCCAGUGCCCACUCCUCGUAACCGCUCCUUCACCUGCUCUGAGACCAAACCUCAGCCUCCAACCCCGGUCAACCCACAACUCUCGCUGUAUAAGAAACCAGUGAUGCCGUCCCGAUCAGAAGGCGGAACUGGGCCAAACCGACCUCCAGUACCCUUAAAGUCUCGUCCAGGUGUGCCAGAGCCCCAAAUCACGAAACCCAGAGACUACAGAGACAGCUCCGAACUCCCGAGCAAACUCAGACCACCAGCAAGACCAGCCCAGCCACAGCCGCAAAAAGACAUGUAUGCUGAAGUCCCCAAGAUGGGCCGAUCUGUGAAAUAAGAAGCUGCAGCACUGACUUCACAGCAUCCUGCUCCGUUUUGUGGAAGCAAAAACAUAAAAAACAAGCUCAAACCUUUUUAAAGUGUAACAUAGGAGAUGAAAUACAUUUGCUUAAACAAAAUACUUACAUCUGCAUUCACCAUUUAGCUUGCAGGAAUUGAAAAACAGGUCUUCAAACAUGAAAAUCAUAAUGCUAAGCUAAGUGCAUCAUGGCUGUGGCUUUACUGAUCUUAUUCUAAGGACACUGAUCAUUUUAAUUCAACAUAUACAGAACAACAAAGAUAUUUGAUGAUAUAGAAGCAUACUUUCCAAAAUGAUGCAUUUGUUUAGAAGUUCUAUAAAUAAUGUGAUAUACUGAGAUGUAAUUUCUGCAGUGCUUGCAAAUUUUAAACAGCUUAUGAAUAUAAUCCUGUUACAAUUCAUGUAGCUUGAAACACUUUAUAGUAGCUAAUGGAUGUUUACCACACAGUGUUACCUUGCACAGAUAUGUUUGCCUUGAAGAUGUGUAAUAAAUGCUCAAAUAUAAAUAAAGAUCUGCCCUUAUUUA